CGCCCGCCUUCCGACGGGGGUGCGGCUCCAGGAAACGGCGCGCUCGAAGCUCUGCGCUCCGCCACCCGACGCGCUCCAGACCCAGACGACCCCACCGACUCAGCCAGACCAUCCGACGGGCCCCAGCGGCGGCAGCGGAGAGCGCGAUCCCGGGUUGGAGCCUGGGACACCUUAGCACGGACGGGGCGGGCAGCGCAGACAGGCCAUGGGGACCCGGGCCAGGCCAGCGGAGGCGGGCCAGCGGGAGUCCCGAGCCUGAGAAGUGGGCAGCGGGGCAGCGGUGGCCAUGACGUCGGUGUGGAAGCGCCUGCAGCGCGUGGGCAAGCGGGCAGCCAAGUUCCAGUUCGUGGCCUGUUACCACGAGCUGGUGUUGGAGUGCACCAAGAAAUGGCAGCCGGAUAAGCUAGUGGUGGUAUGGACCCGGCGGAACCGACGCAUCUGCUCCAAGGCCCACAGCUGGCAGCCGGGCAUCCAGAACCCAUACCGGGGCACUGUGGUGUGGAUGGUACCUGAGAAUGUGGACAUCUCCGUGACCCUCUACAGGGACCCUCACAUGGACCAGUAUGAGGCCAAAGAGUGGACAUUUAUUAUUGAAAAUGAGUCUAAGGGGCAGCGGAAAGUGCUGGCAACAGCUGAAGUGGACCUGGCCCGCCAUGCAGGGCCCGUGCCCGCCCAGGUCCCGCUGAAGCUGCGGCUGAAGCCCAAGUCGGUGAAGGUGGUGCAUGCUGAGCUGAGCCUCACUCUCUCAGGGGUGCUGCUGCGGGAGGGCCGUGCCACGGAUGAUGACAUGCAGAGUCUCGCAAGCCUCAUGAGUGUGAAGCCUAGUGAUGUGGGCAACUUGGAUGACUUUGCUGAGAGUGAUGAAGACGAGGCUCAUGGCCCAGCAGCCCCCGAGGCCCGUGCUCGAAUCCCCCAGUCAGGCCGGGGCGGUGCCCUGAGGCCGGGGCGUUUCCCAGAUCCUUCUCGAGAGCUGAAGACGCUUUGCGAGGAGGAGGAGGAAGGCCGAGGACGACCCCAGCAGGCAGUUGCCAGCCCUUCUAGUGCUGAGGACACCAGCUCAGCCCCUGAAGCAGAGGCUGGGGUCGUAGGAAACCAGAAGGGGAAAGAAGCUGAGGGAAGCCUCGCAGAGGCCAGCCUGACUGAAGCACAGGUGGCCAGUGGGGCAGGGGCUGGGGUGCCCAGGGCCUCUUCCCCAGAGAAGGCUGAAGAGGACAGGAGGCUGCCGGGCAGCCAGGUACCGCCUACCCUGGUCAGCUCCAGCCACUCCCUGCUGGAGUGGUGCCAGGAAGUGACCGCUGGCUAUCGUGGGGUCCGCAUCACCAACUUCACCACAUCCUGGCGAAACGGAUUGGCCUUCUGUGCCAUCCUGCACCGAUUCUACCCAGACAAGAUUGACUAUGCCUCCCUAGACCCACUCAACAUCAAGCAGAACAACAAGCAGGCCUUCGAUGGCUUCGCGGCCCUGGGCGUGUCGCGGCUGCUGGAGCCCGCGGACAUGGUGCUGCUGUCGGUGCCCGACAAGCUGAUCGUCAUGACGUACCUGUGCCAGAUCCGCGCCUUCUGCACCGGGCAGGAGCUGCAGCUGGUGCAGCUGGAGGGUGGCGGCGGUGCCGGCACGUACCGCGUGGGCAGCGCCCAGCCCAGCCCGCCUGAAGAUCUGGACGCCGGAGACCUGGCGCAGCGGCUGCGCGAGCACGGGGUCGAGGCGCCCCAGGAGCCCAAGGAGGCCGCUGACCGCGCGGACGGGGCGGCCCCGGGGGCGGCCUCCAGGAACGCGGAUGCGGGCCGCGCCCCCAAGGACGGUGGGGCUGAGGCCGCCCGAGAGGCGCGACCCACGGAGGUCCCGGCAGAGGUGUUGGUGAACGGGGCAGGGGCGCCGGGCGGUGGCGGCGUGAGGCUGCGACGGUCCUCGGUCAACGGGGAGGCCGGGCCUGUGCCUCCGCCCCGCGCGCACGGCUCCUUCUCCCACGUGCGGGAUGCAGACCUGCUCAAGAAGAGGCGCUCGCGGCUGCGGAACAGCAGCUCCUUUUCGGUGGACGAUCCGGAUGGGGGAGCCUCGGGAGCCGCAGGAGCUUCGGGAGCUGUGGCUGCAGAAGGCCAGGCCCCUGACCCCAGCCCUGCCCUGGGCCCACCCGCAGCUGCAGCCUCUCAACAGCCCCCUGGUAGGAGUCCCCCCUUGGAGGAGCCACCCCCAAGCCCAGGGGAGGAGGCUGGGCUGCAGCGGUUCCAGGACACAAGUCAGUAUGUAUGUGCAGAGCUGCAGGCCCUGGAGCGGGAGCAGAGGCAGAUAGAUGGGCGGGCCGCUGAGGUGGAGACGCAGCUGAGGAGCCUCAUGGAGUCAGGUGCCAACAAGCUGCAGGAGGAGGUGCUGAUCCAGGAGUGGUUCACCCUGGUCAACAAGAAGAACGCUCUUAUCCGGAGGCAGGACCAGCUGCAGCUGCUCAUCGAGGAGCAGGACUUGGAGCGCAGGUUCGAGCUGCUGAGCCGCGAGCUGCGGGCCAUGCUGGCCAUCGAAGACUGGCAGAAAACGUCUGCGCAGCAGCACCGAGAGCAGCUCCUGCUGGAUGAGCUGGUGUCGCUGGUGAACCAGCGCGACGAGCUGGUCCGGGACCUGGACCACAAGGAGCGGAUCGCCUUGGAGGAGGACGAGCGCCUGGAGCGCGGCCUGGAGCAGCGGCGCCGCAAGCUGAGCCGGCAGCUGAGCCGGCGGGAACGCUGCGUGCUGAGCUGAGGCCGCCGGCCCGGAUGCUGUGCGUGUCCGCUAGGGGCCGCUGGCGCCCUUCCCGGGACAGGGCAGGGCGGAUCGCCGGCCCGCGGCUGGGCGGCCGUCGUAUUUAUUUGUCGCCGAGUGUGUGUGCACGCUCGCGGCGGGUGCGGGCACCUCCCCGAUGGCGCGGCUGGGCCAGCGGCCCCGGGGAGAGGGAUGCCUGGGGGCUGCCGCCCUGCGCCGGCUCGCCCUCCUGUUCUCCAGAGCAGUAAAGUUGGACUAGGCUA